CAGGCUCAACAGCAUCAAGCUGCUCUUGUCUCGCGGUUACAAGCUAAAGUUCUGCAGUAUAAACAGAGGUGUUCGGAACUGGAGAAUCAGAUGGCAGAGACAAUUCCGUGCGACUAUAGUAAACCAGCGACAGGCACAGUGUCCUCCACCACCGUGCUAGAGGCUGCCCAUCAAACACUUCGGGAUAUACGCGAGGAGCAAAUUCAUGACAUGGAUACUGCUUUGAAAAAGCUCAGAGAGGAACGGCGAAAAUGUGAGGAACUUUUACAACUUAACGCAUCCCUAAAAGAUCAGCUCGAGGAGUCUCAUCAAACAAACGAGGCACUAACCAAUGAUUUGCAAAAACUAAGUAACGAUUGGGACAUAUUGAGAGAGGAAUUGGCUAUUAAGGAAGACGAGUGGAAGGAAGAAGAACAGGCAUUCAAUGAAUAUUACAUCUCUGAGCAUAACCGAUUACUGAACCUGUGGCGCGAUGUCGUCUCCGUUAAAAGACUGUUCGCAGAAAUGAAAUCUACUACGGAAAGGGACUUAUCCAAACUACGGAACGAAAUUAUUUCAUCGUCGAACGAAAUGACAUCGGCGUGCAAUAGUACGAAUUUCACUAUGAAGCUUCAAGCAACUGCAGCGCAAUCCACGCCGUCCCAGAAAAUGCAACAACAGGAAGAGGAACACGCCGUGAUUGUUCUAAAAACAGAGAUCACGGCACUCAAGCAACAACAUGCUGCCGAUCAGCAUGAAAUUCGUACCAAAGACGACCGGAUAGAUCAGCUUAUUCGAGAAAUCCGCAAUUUAGAGGAAAGAUGCGGCGUUUCUGAGGCGGCAGUGAGCCAAAGUGUGCGUAUGCAGGAGGAUAUCGAGGUACUGGCAUCCGCGUUACGAGAUAUCGCGCAUGCCGUGAUUCAGGACGCCGAAAGUCGGGACGCCGACACUAAACAGGCAUCCCCGCAUAUCCAUCACCUGUCGCCCAGUGGACUGAUCCAGCAGAGAUCGCCGAAGAGAAGCACGCGAGGUAGCGCUAUACCGGCGUUUGCCGAGAGUACUAUAAGCGCGGUACGAGCGGCUCUGCAGAAAUAUCAGUUAACGAUACGCGAGUUACAGAUAAAAUCACAAACGAACAAGGAGCAGAUUUUAGCGAUGCGCAAGCAGUGCGACAACGCGGAGGAAAACGCUCAGAUGUUAAAUACGAAGGUUGCAGAAUUGAUCUCUCAGUUGGAUACAUGUCGUUCGCAAUGCGCACAACUAGAUCAAGAAAAGGACAUGCUGCAGAAAAGUUUCAACACGGUGAAAUUGGAGAAGAAUGCGUUGGAUAAGAAUAAAAUGGAACUUAAUAGCACGAUGGAGGCUCUUAGAAAUAAUUACGAGAAACUUCAGAAGACGAAUAACAAAUUACAAAAGCUGUGUGACAAUUUGGAAGAUGAAAAAAUGUAUUUACAAAAUGAGCUUGGCAGAAUAUCGGAGGAUGUUGAUUUGAAGGAAUUGAGUUUACGAUCGGAGGAGGAUAGAUGCAGUAAAAUGAGAGAGGAGCUUUUAACGUUACGAGAAGAUUUGAGUAAAACUUAUCUUGCCAAGGACAUGUUGGAACAGCAAAAGUUAGAAACUGACGGGUUAAUCUCUCAGAUCGAAAAAAGCAAAGGUGAUCUUGAGUUGGAACUGGAACGUGUACUACUGGAAAAGUCAGACGUACAGGAGAUUUUGAUGAAGAUGGAAGCAAUGUGUUCUAAUCAUGAGCAAGAUAAGCAACGAUUGCAGGAAGAAUUGAAAAAAAUGACAGACGAGAGAAAUAAGCUUGCAAAUCAGUGCAUCAAUCAACAAGGGGAUCUGAAUUCAUUCACGCAGAAAAUUUUUCUCGAAUAA